AUGCCCGUGCACCAUCACUCGACUCAUGUAGUCGAGGAGGUUGUUCACCAUCACCAUCAUGACGAGCAGCCCUCUCAACACGUAGCACUUUACGUUGACGAGGAGCGCCGCCACUCGGAAGAGGGUAUCUUCUCUGACAGGUCUUCUGUCUCAUCCCUUUCCUCUGAGGGCGGGAGACACCACCACGGACACCACUCGCACCGCCCCCACCUCCCUAAGUUGCUGCACGGCACCAGCCACCAACACCACACCUCCCACUCGCACCACGAACACGAGGAGCACAGCAACCACAACCUCCACCACAGCAACCACAGCAACCACAGCAACCACCUCCACCAUAGCAACCACAGCAACCACGACCACCACGAACACCACGAACACCACAGCGACCAUUCCCCUUCUGGAAUCGUGCAUAAGGUUAUUGACAAGGUUGUUGAGCACAUCCCGCACGUCCACCUACAUAAAGACGAGCACUCCCACCACACCUCUUCCUCCUCUCACCUCCACAACCAACAUCAGCAUCUCUCGGAAGACCACCACCACAGUCACCACUCUCCAGAUCCCAUUGUUGUCAGUGAAGUUACUACUGUCGAACGCACAACAGUUGUAGAUCCCGUCUACGAACAGCCCUCCCACCACACCGUUCAUAAAGUCACCGUCGACGAGUUCGCUCCCGUAGUCGAAGUCCGCGAGUCUCAUCUCCUCACCGAAAAAGAACACUCUUUCGAACAACACCCUUCUUCAUCUCUCACAAUGGUUAAGUUCCACGACACCCACGCUCACGGUGAUGUCCACAGCUACGACCACUCCACCGGUCUUAGCCACCACGACUCCCAUAUCUCCAAGGCAGCUCACAUCUCAUCUGCCCACGAGUCAACCAAGUCCACCUUCACCAUCCCUUGCCACCACAUCCGCAUUGGUGACUUGGUGAUCCUCCAGCACCGCCCUUGCCAGAUCAUCCGUAUCACCACCUCUGCUCAGACCGGCCAGCACCGUUACCUCGGUGUUGACUUGUUCACCAAGCAGCUUCACGAGGAGCCUUGUGUUGUCUCUCACCCAUCUCCCUCAGUCGUCCUCCACUCCCUUCUCGGACCCGUCUUCAAGCAGUACCGUCUCAUCGACAUCCGUGAUGACGGAAAGCUCGUUGCCAUGACCGAGACCGGUGAGAUCAAGCAGGGUCUCAAGGUCGUCGACCAGGGCCACCUCUGGGGACGUUUGAAGGAGGCUUUCGGCCACGGAUCUGGGUCCGUCCGUGUCUUGGUCAUCUCUGACCACGGCAAGGAGUUGGCCGUUGACUACAAGAUUGUCCACCUUGCCCACAAGUUGUAA